AAAAACACACACGCACGGCAAAGCUUUCUUGAAGACCGCACGCCAGCGCGGCGAGUCUCUUUAAGAGGCGUGGCUGGAUAUCUGCGGAGGGACGGGCGGAUUCCGACGAACUGGGGAGCCGGCCGCCAGCGCGCCGCUGUCUCUUUAAGGAAGUGGGGGUGCCCUGAGUGAGUUUAUCGUACUGUACUAUUAGGUGGGUUAUCUGUUUCCAGACUGCAGUUCAUUGUGAGAGCGUACUUCGCCCGUGCGUGUCUCCAGACGAGGAGAGGAAGGAGGCGAAGUGUUUUAUUCGGGUUUUAAAGGAAAGGCGCGGUGGGAUUGGAAGAGCAUUUUAUUUCUCCGUUCCGUUGUGUGUGGGGUUUUUUUUUUUAAAUUCGAUCCAAAGGGAGAAAAAAAAACAACAACAGCAACAACCACCCCGAAAUGGCUACUGACGAGCUGGCAUCCAAGCUGACCCGGCGGCUCCAGAUCGAGGAGGGCGCGGAGGAGCCGGCGGCCGGCGGGGCGCAGGAGAACGGGGCGCAGGAGAAGCCGGCGACGGCCAACGCGGACUCGGAGCUGGGAGCCAAGCUGCUCCGCCGGACGGACCUGAACGAAGGGGUGGGGGAGCAUCACCAGCCCAGCAUGAAGGUGUUCAACCCGUACACCGAGUUCAAGGAGUUCUCCAGGAAGCAGAUCAAGGACAUGGAAAAGAUGUUCAAGCAGUAUGAUGCGGGGAAGGAUGGCUUCAUCGACCUGAUGGAGCUGAAGCUGAUGAUGGAGAAGCUGGGGGCUCCUCAGACCCACCUGGGCCUGAAGAACAUGAUCAAGGAGGUGGACGAGGACUUUGACGGCAAGCUGAGUUUUCGGGAGUUCCUGCUAAUUUUCCGAAAGGCGGCAGCAGGAGAGCUGGCGGAGGACAGCGGUCUGCACGUCUUGGCACGCCUGUCCGAGAUCGAUGUGUCCACAGAGGGGGUGAAGGGAGCCAAAACCUUCUUUGAGGCCAAGGUCCAGGCCAUCAACGAGUCGAACCGGUUCGAGGCGGAGAUCCGCCAGGAGCAGGAGGAGAAGAAGAAGCAGGCGGAGGAGAAGAAGCAGCGGCAGGCGGCCUUCAAGGAGCUGCAGUCCGCUUUCAAGUGACCCUCCUGCGCCACCCCACCCCCCCCGCCUCGCUCCGCCCGCGCGUCCGUCUGCGUCCGUGUCUUCUCCCCCCUUCAAAAAGAAAGUCUAGGAUUUAAAACCGAUAAUCUGGCCGGGGUCCAGAGAGGUCCAUUCCUGAGAGGCUGUGGGACUGUACAGGCCUGUUCAGGGCGAAAGUCUGAGAAAAUAGCUCAGAUACCAAAUCUGUCUCUGCUGUGUCCCAGAUCCUGCCCAUGGGCUUUUAACCCAGCUAAACGUCAGUAGUUAAUUUCUCGAUUUUAUUUCAUGUCGCAUGAAAAUAUUAGAGAGGCUCAAAAAAAUGAUAAACUGCGGCACUUUUGAGCCAGGGUUUAAAACUUAUCAAAUGUGGCACUUAACGAUCCUUGAGCGUAUUAAUGUUUCAGCAGUCCUUGAUGUGAAAGUAAGCUAGAUUGCCAACCCGACGAUGCCAUUUAAAUGAAUGAUGACGGUGUCCAUCUAUCUCCUCAUUUCCAUUUCUGAGUCUUGACUACCGUUAUCUCAUAACUGGGCCACAACUUGCAAAGAUUGAAGAAUGUCCGUCUGCUCCAAGGUUGAAGCUGUGGGGGAAAAGAAACAACCCAGUGUAUUUGAACAUGCGGAGGACUUGUGGUUUUUGUUAUAAUCCCUUCAGUCUAAGACUCCCAGGCUUGAGCCCUCGAUGAGCAUGGGGAUUUCUGGUCUUCAGUUCACAGGAGCUCUCGUUAGCUUAAUUAGGUACCUUGUAUGUGCAGCAGUGAGUCCGCAGUUCAGAACUCAGGCUGGACACUGCUGUAGGAAGGUACCUCACUCAGAUCACUCCAGUACAUGGUGUGCACAUUCGUUUCUGUGUAUUGGAUUAUUGUAAAUGACAAUUUUAUUAUGAAUUGACCGUGUCCUUCAAAUGAAAUUGCAUGUGGUCGUAAGGAAAAAGAAAUGCUCUAGGUGAACAAAGAGAGCAACUCUAGUGAUCUGUAAGACAAGGGAUCCCCUUGGCUCAGACAUCUGGACCCCGAAAGCGCCCUGCGGGGUCACUGUGUCAUUCAGGCCUGCUCUGAAUGGAACUGCUUUCAGACCUGCACACUGUUUGUCAAGUCAUGUACUGCGCACGCAGCAAGCGCUUUGCUGAACAGCAGCCUGGUGCAAAAGCAACAAAACUACACACGACAGCCUCUUUGAGCACAACUGCUGCUGUGAAAGGAAAUUGCAUCAGUGCACAUACGUGCAGACACAUGGUGAAAAACAAAUGCAAAAGC